GCGCGAGUUGGAACGAGCGGCGGCGGCGGCGGCAGCAGCAGCAUGGCUUCAUCGCAAGGGAAGAACGAGCUGCUCUUCGCCGACUGGAUGGCAGCGCUGCCCGGCAGCCUCCACAGCACCCCGCUCACCAACCUGGCCAUUCCCGGGUCUCAUGACUCUUUUAGCUUCUACAUCGAUGAAGCCUCUCCAGUUGGGCCUGAACAGCCGGAAACAGUCCAGAAUUUUGUGUCAGUUUUUGGGACUGUGGCUAAGAAGCUGAUGAGGAAGUGGUUGGCUACACAGACCAUGAACUUCACCAGCCAGUUGGGGGCAGGUAUACGGUAUUUUGAUCUUAGAAUUUCCACCAAGCCCAGAGACCCAGACAAUGAGCUCUACUUCGCUCAUGGUUUAUUCAGUGCCAAAGUCAAGGAGGGUCUGGAGGAGAUCAAUGCAUUUCUCACUGAGCACCCAAAAGAAGUGGUCUUCUUGGACUUCAAUCACUUCUAUGGGAUGCAGAAGUACCAUCAUGAAAAGCUUGUCCAGAUGCUCAAAGAUACGUAUGGAAACAAAAUGUGUCCUGCUAUAUUUGCCCAUGAAGUCACCCUCCAGUACCUGUGGGAGAAGGAACACCAAGUGCUGGUGUUCUACCACAGUCCAGUGGCUGUCGAGGUAGCAUUUCUUUGGCCAGGCCAGAUGAUGCCAGCUCCUUGGGCAAACACAACGGAUCCAGAAAAACUGAUUCAGUUCCUCCAGGCAUCAAUCACUGAAAGAAGAAAGAAGGGCUCCUUUUUUAUAUCUCAAGUAGUGCUGACACCAAAGGCUAGUACAGUGGUGAAAGGGGUUGCUAGUGGUCUCAGAGAAACAAUCACAGAAAGGGCGCUUCCUGCGAUGAUGGAGUGGGUCCGAGCUCAGAAGGCAGGAGAAAGUGGUGUGAAUAUUAUCACUGCAGAUUUUGUAGAACUUGGUGACUUUAUCAGCACAGUCAUAAAGCUCAACUACGCCCUGGGUGAAGGUGAAGAUGACACUACUUGAUAGUACUGUGAUAUAUGUGUUGUUGCAUUAUUUAGCAUUAAAAAAAAAAAGAUUGUAUUCUAAAAGACUUAUAUUGUAAAACACUCAUCUUCUUGUAACACACUGAGGUGUUUAGGGCUUUAGCGGGUGGGCAUAAGGAAAAUGUUUUCAUCAUUUAUGAUCAUUUAUCACAUUUGUGUUUCAUGUGAAGAGCAAAACUAAACAUGUUUACAGUGUUUGAUGAAAGAAGGCCAUUUACAGGUUCUCCAUGAGGUACCAAAUGUGAUUCAUGUGUCUUCUGUGGUUAUGAACAGUGCCAAGAAACUUGUUGCAAGGGGAUGUAUAUUGUCCUCUUCCUGCUCACAGCAGGAUUCCCAGCGGUGUGAGUGUUACACUGGGAGACUGAGGGCAGUAUAUCUGGCCUGAAAAUUUUAAGCUGCUACAUUUCAUCUCUUAGGUGGUUUAACCAAUCGUAUUUAUCAAUGAGCUACAGGUUUAAAUGCCUUUGUGACGUGAAUCCAAGGUCAUGCUUUAACACACACAUAAUCAGUGGACAGUAAACAUGAUGUGUUACAUACCAUAAUCAGUGGACAGUAAACAUGGUGUGUUAUGUACCAUAAUAAGUGGACAGUAAACAUGAUGUACUGUGUAGCUUGCACAGAGCACAGACUAAAUCCUGCUUGCUUUUCAUUCUUGAAAUAGGGUUUUCCAAUGUCUCUGCCUCAGGUCAAGCCAGCAGAUAAUGUGAUACUGGCCUAACUCUGUAAUCACAGAAUCAUAGAAUGGCCUGAGUUGGAAUGGACCUUAAAGAUCAUCUAGUUCCAACACCCCUGCCAUAAGCAGGACAAUUUUCACUAGACCAGGGCUCAGAGCACCCUCCAGCAUGGCUUUAAACACUUCAGAAAUGGGGCAUCCACAGCUUCUCUCGGCAACACGUUCCCGUGCCUCAUCACCCUCACAGUAAAGAAAGUUUUCCUAAUAUCUAAUCUAAACCUGCUGUCAGUUUGAAACCCCCUUGUCCUGUCCCUACAUGCUCUUGUAAAAAGUCCCUCUCCAUCUUUCUUGUAGGCUCCCUUCAAGUACUGGAAGGCUGCCAUUAGGUCACGCUUAAUCCUUCUCUUCUCCAGGCUAAACAAACCCAGCUCUCUCAGCCUUUCGUUAUAGGAGAGAUUCUCCAUCCCUCUGAUCAGCUUGGUGGCCUCUUCUGGACUUGCUCCAACAGGUCGAUGUUCCUCCUGUGCUGGGGACCCCAGAGCUGGAUGCAGUGCUCCGGGUGGGGUCUCAGCAGAGCAGAAUAGAGGGGCAGAAUCACUUCUCUCAACCUGCUGCCCACACUGCUUUGGAUGCAGCCCAGGACACAUUUGGCUUUCUGGGCUGUGAGUGCACAUGGCCAGUUCAUAUCCAGCCUCUCAUCCAUCAGCAUCCCCAAGUCCUUCUCAGCAGGACUGCUCUUGAUCUGCUCAUGCCCCAGCCUGUGUUGAUACCGGGUGUUGCCCCGACCCAGGUACAGCACCUUGCACUUGGUCUCGUUGAACCUCAUGAGGUUCCCAUGGGCCCCCUUCUCGAGCUUGUCCAGGUCACUCUGAAUGACGUCCUGUCCUUUAGGUGUGUCAACAACACCACUCAGCUUGGUGUCAUCUGCAGACUUGCUGAGGGUGCACUCAAUCCCUUCAUCUAUAUCAUUAAUGAAGAUACUAAAUAACACUAGUCAUAAUAUAGACCCCAGAGGGACACCUGCUGGUGCAUAUUUUCCCUGGUUCUAGCAGGAACACAGUUAAGCCAGCUUGGAGCACCACUUCUUCCCAGGAUUAAUAUUAUGUAACAGCUUGAUCCAGUAUCCACUGAAUUUAAUAGGAAAAUGUCCUGUGUUUAGUAUGGAUUGAUCAUAAGAUCGGUAAGUUGUGUGCCCUAUAAGAUGUGCCGUAUUUUGUCCCAUAGUGGAAACCUCAUUUCUGCAGGACUGAAACUGCACUUAAAAAAAGAUAGGUACAGUCUAAGCCUUUCUUUAAGGCAGCUAUGAACAGAACACUUCAACUGAUUACAAAAAAUCAGUGCCAGUUUCAUCAGUGAAAAACUUCUGUGGUAAAGAAUGUAGUAGUUCAAUUCUAGCAAAUAGCAGUACUUUAUAGUCUUUAAGUUGUCGGAUAUAAUACUGCAUAACACAAGAUUGAAAGUCUACUGAAUGGCACUGUUCUAGCAACAGAAUCACUGAUCAUCCUACUUUUAAUGAAACACAUAUAAAAAAUAUAUUAAAAACUUAGUGAUUUAUAAACUGAGAGCAUUGCAACUGUAUGACACCUAACUGGAUAAAACGCAAUCAGUCAUAUCUCCUGCACACAUCAAUACAUAGGUACACAACUUUGGAAAGCAAAACAUUUCAUUUGUGCAAAACAACAGAUGCUAUUACAUCUUACAAGGAAAACGCUCUUUGAGAUAUUGCAGGGAUUUAUGGGAUAGAACUAAGGUCAAGUUUACGUUGAUAUUACUAGAACUUUUGGUUGAGUGAGGAGAAUGGCAUCAUACAAUCCUUUGCUAUUUUCUGUCAGAUGAUAAUGGCUACCAUCUCCCAUCAGAGUUUAGAAAAUCCAAAAUGGUCUUAUUGAACAGUUGGACUACAGGGGUAUUAUAGAAUUUUUGUUGGUUUUAGUUUAGGAAGUGGAAUAAAAAGGACACUUGCUGAUAUUUUAUGCAAAGAGGAUGCCUUUGAAAAAUGUGUGUGCUAGUAUGUGUGUACUGUAAAGAAAAAUGUUAAGUGUGUAGUAUAAUGACACUUUAAAUGUAUGUAUGUGACACAAAGACAUCCGUACACACUUGCAUAAUGAUAUUGGUGGUUCCGGACAGGAGUAUUAUAAAUUUGUUUGAAAAAAACCAUAUAGCUGUUAUAAAGUCAUGAUGCCUCCUUCAAUAGCGUUUUCUUCUGUGUAUGUUAGGACUGUAAGAGUCAUCCUCAGUGAAAUCUGUGAUCUAAGCCAGUUAGGUUUUUUACAGCAUUUAAACUUUAUCCAGACUGCCCCAAAAAUUUACCUAAGAAUCCCAGUUUAUCUUUUCAUUGGAACAAGGGAUAGGACUUUCACGCACAACUAAGCAAGAUGUGGGGUGGUUGAUACACUUUGUUUGGGGUUUCCACAAGCUCUCCUAGUAAAAUUUAUGUAACAGAUGCAUAAAAUGAAACAUGAAAAUAUAUUUUUGAACCCACACCUGUGUGGGUGUCCUAUACAGAAAUGUGAAAAUCUUUGCUUAUUUAUUGGCAGUGUGGUGUGAAAUGCUUUUUUCAAUUUUCCGUUUAGCUGGAUUUAGUUGCUUCGACACUCUUCCUGUGAUCCUUCAGCUGCUUAAAUAUAGUCAAAAGAGUUAAUCUAUCCUUCUAACAUAGUAAAGUGAUCUGAAUCUUUGGGUGGAGUAAAAAUUAGGUUUCUUUUUUUGGAUUCUGGUUGAAAUUCUGUUGCAUCUGAGAGCAUCAACACCAGGUUCCUGCUGGUACCCCCUGCUCAAAUCAGGGCAUCACACACCAGCUACACUAGGCUUUUCGCUUACAAAGAGGUGUACUCAAGGCAAAUGCUCUGCUGUAUUUUAAUAAAGUGUGUAUGUGUGUGUGCCUGUAUAUAUGAAUAAGUAUAGAGCUAUCUAGAGUUUGUUAGCAUUGUUAUGAAAUAUUUGCUUAGUGUCAGUUUUAUUCUAAUUGUCAUUUGGAAAUAAAUGAAAAAGAAAAAGCAAAGCAAAAAAAAUCCUCUGACAAAAAUCAGUAAUAGACAAAUCAUAUAGUUUCUCCAUUAAUGGGGAAAAAUACUAGCAAAAUGUUAAAUUCUGGUCAGAAAAGUAUGUUUUUGUUUAGCUGUUGAUCUUUCUAUUGGAGAAGCACAGCACUUUAUGGUAGGAACAGGUAAACAAUCUUGCCUUAAUUACUAAAAGAAAAAAGUGCAUUUGGGGAUAUGCUAUCCAUGCUCUUCUGAAGAUUUCAUCUGUGAGGGCCCAAAACUCUAAGUCCUGAUAGAGAUGCACUCCCUGUUGAUAUUGUUUGGGGAUCUUGCCAAAAAAGAACAAGCCAGAAAGUACUAUGCAGCACAACUGGACCAUUCAAGAGCCCAGUUUUGCCACCCAUAUGCAGCUAAAGCUCUCUUUGAUUUCAACCAGAAACGUGCUUGCUGGGCUGGGUCAGAUGUGUUUUUCUGACCUUAUUAAUGUGGAAGGUUUCUUCAUAUGUAUUAUGAGGAAUCUUGCAUGGGCAAUGAGAUGACUGUAAUCAGCCCAUCAAGGAGAAAGACCUGUCUAUACUAUUCAUCUGCAUAAGCAUCUAUUUAUUCAAACUGUCAUGUCGUUGCCUGCCAGAACAUUUUUUUGCUUCCUAUGCUCAUUUUCCCCCCUGCUAUGUGCAUGAUAUAUACAUCAAGUACUGUUGUUUUCUGACAUUUUUAUGUGAUUACUUGAUCCUUUCUUUUCAACCACACAUGAAAAAUGGCGACUGUGCUACACACACAGAGUGUCUCAGCUGGUGUAGACCCACCUGGCUCCAUUUUUCAGUUUACACACGCUGAGACAUCUUUGUUCAGUAUUGAUCUAACCUGCAGCAAUCUGGACCAAACAGGAGGUGAUUCCUGGAGUCCAGUUCCUGCCUGGUUUGGUGAGGGGUAAAUCAGAAUGAGACCGCAGGAGCUUGGUUUUAAAAUUAGUGGGUUAUUUGCAUUUUUUUUUGGCCGUUGGAUACUUUACUGGUUUUGUAGGUUUCAAAUCUACAAACCAUUCUUUUAAACGUACACAUGUAUGCAUAUAUAAAUAUAUAUGCAUACAUGCAUGAGAGGGAACGUAUGAUCCUGUAUGCUAGGCUAAGUCAUUACUGAUACAAAUCUAGACCAUUUCUGCUAACUUCAAAGUAGCUAUUAAGCCUUUACCCUGAGAUGAGAGGGAGCAGAUAGUCAGUGUGUAGUAAGUAUAUGCUGUGUUGCAAAGGAAAUUUAAAAUUGUGGAGGUUCAUUCCACAAAAUAAAAAAGGCAGAGUGCCCUGAAAACACAGUUCCAGUGCUGUCUAUCCUGAAUUUAGUAUAUGAAGCACUUCUUAUUAGCAACUGAUUAGGCUAUUUGGUGAUUUCAAGAGGUCAGGUAACACCAUUUUAAAGUUCUAAACUCUUUUUCAGUGAAGUAAAAGCUAAUAGUGUAUAAUGUAUUUGCCAUAUCUCAGUGGUAGCUUCUGUGUUACAUACAGUCAAUGUUGUUCUGAAUUGUAUAUGUUUACCCAAUGAUGAGGUUUAAAAUAUGCUGUAUAGUAUGUGCAACGUAUUGAUUACAAGUAUGUUGGAGUUCAGUGGUCUAUUUAGUUUUUACUGUGCUGCUGUUCCGUAGGUAUAUGUGUGUAUGGGAUUAUGAAUUGUCUACAGUGUACAAGAAAAUAAUAAUUAAUCCUAAAGGAAAAGGGCAGUUAUGUAACCUGCCUUAAUGCAUUAGUAUAAUAUUGUUAAAUCUCAUAAUUAUCAGUUCUGUUUCAGAUGUUACCAAGGGUUGUCCAUAGAGCUGACUCCCUCACUUUUUUGGCACUAAGGAGUUAAACUUGAAGUAACUUGGAGCUCACUUACAUAUUUGUACACUAAGAAUAGGAUGUUUGCCUGAUCAACUACCUUGAUUGUACAAGGUGGCAAAGACAUGGUUUCCAGUGUGUUACAGAUUAAAUCACUUCUGCGCACACACAACUCCUGCUGAAGUCAGUGGGAAUUGUAAUCAUGUAACUGAGUGGCCUAAAAUUCAUCUUCUGGAAUACAGUCAUGAUAGGAGGAUGGGGAUAUCCUGGCUUUAAGGAAGUGCCUGGAUGCUAUGCAAUACUGCUCAUGUCCUGUGUUGGAACAUAGCUUUAAAUUUGCAGGAAGAGCUUUGAACACUGCUCCAGUGUAGGUUGGACUGUAAAAAUCCGUAUGUGAAAAUUAUAAGUGUGAUAGCCUGAUCAGCCUGGCCUGCCCAUAUACAGCAUUCAGUUUUCAGGAGUCAUGGCAGCUUUAAAAAAAACAAGCUAUAAUAAUUUCCCUGUGGCUGGCAGGACCUACUUAGGAAUCUCUACAUUGCCUACAGGUAUGACUCCUCUGCCAUUCCCACAACCAGGUCUAGCUGUCGCUUCAUGAUUUCUUUCUAAGAUGCCUCUGCAUGAAGCCAAGGGUAAUUAUGAAAGUUGUACUAACUAAACACAUAGAGGGUCCACCUUGUGCCUGGCUGGUCAGAGUAGGCAAAGGGUGCUUGCCCUACAGCAGCACAUUUGGUGUGAAAUCAGCUUCAGUCAGACCCACAUGAACAGUUACUGAGGGAAAGCAGAAGUCUGAUUUCAGACCCUCUUCUGUUAUCUUUGUCUAGUUAAAAUGCAGCAUCUUUCCACUUCUCUCCUUUGCCUCUUCUCAUGCUCCUUAUCUGAACUUCUGCAUACACAUCCCUCUACCUGCCAGCUGUGAAUAUUAGAAAUUCGUCAACCUCAGUACCCCGUAGCAGUCCACAUGCUCUUAUAAGAUGCUAAGUGUGGGGCUAAAAGAUGGCAGUGGACCUCAUCUGAUGUCCCAGGAUAAUUUAUCUCCACACUAUAAGUUGGGCACACGCAUUGUCUUAGAUGGGCCUCAGCUUGGCCAAUGCAUAUCUCCUAAGAUGGAGGUACACUUACGGGGUUUUUUUCUGCAGUGAGAUGGCAAGUACUAGUUUCUUCCUUCAGCCCUGGGUCCUAAAAAUGUCAGUUUGACUGGGAGAGAUUCCUUGAGUAGCUGCAAUUAGUUUUGCUGUGAAGCUGAGAACCUUAAAGCAGAAUCCUAAGGUUAUGUGUAAUAACUAUUACUGAAAAUAAAAAUCUGUGGUUAAAACCACAGUUUUAAGAAGAAAAAGAAAAAUUAUUUGGGCUUGCCAGGACAGCUGUUAAGUUUUUGACUGCCUCAGUCAGCAGUAGCUUUAGGAUCAUCUGGGUGAUGAUUAUUAGGAUGUUAUUGCCACACUGCCUCCUGACACUGUUCAGGGUCUCUGUACAGAAGCCUUAUUAUUCCCAAUGAGCAUUAAUGCAUUUGAAUGACUUUUCUCCAUUUUGGUGGGAAAGAUGAUUGAGUAACACUGAGGACAUGGAGCUCCCUGUGUGUUGUGCCCACAAAGGUUCACAGAGCUGCACCUUCUCGUUUUAGGAUCUGUUCAAUGGUACUUUAAUAAAUGUUGUGUAAAAAAUGCCUACAGUUCUCUAUAGCAAAUGUGAAUUUUUAUGACAAGAAUGUGUAUUUAGAGUUAAAAAAAAGUAAUAUAAAAUCUAGUUUCUUUGUACACAGUGAAACAUCUAAUAAAGCUCUGGUACCUGUA